AUAAUCGAUUGUGUUUGUGUGUGGAUAGUUCCCCACUGAUUCAAUAUUACACACUCCACACUCUACACAUUCACUCGCUGUCUUCCCAUUCCUAAUUUAAGUAAUUUAAGGAAGAUCUAUGGAUCAUUCUACAAUGCGGCGCUGUUCUUGUUGCUUCAUUUUAUUUCUUAUUACCGGCCUUGCAACCAGCGUAGAGUCGAUUGGGAUAAACUACGGUCAAAUAGCGAACAAUCUUCCAACACCAGACGAAGCAGUGACGUUGGUGAAGUCGAUCGGAGCAACGAAAGUGAAGCUGUACGACGCAGAUCCGCGAGUGCUGAAAGCGUUUGGGAACACAGGAGUGGAAGUAAUGGUAGGGCUAGGGAACGAGUACCUAUCAAGAAUGAAAGAUCCAAACAAGGCCGAAGCAUGGAUAAAAUCGAACCUCCAACCCUACCUCCCAGCCACCAAAAUCACCUCAAUCUUCGUAGGGAACGAGGUUCUCACCUUCAACGACACAACCCUCACAUCGAAUCUCCUCCCAGCCAUGCAGAGCGUCCACACCGCGCUCGUCAAUCUCGCCCUCGACAAAGAAGUAACCGUCACAACCACUCACUCCUUGGCCGUUCUCCAAACCUCCUAUCCUCCUUCGGCAGGAGCGUUCCGUCCGGACCUAGCUCCGUGCCUGGCUCCCAUCCUGAGCUUCCAAGCCAAAACCGGAUCUCCUUUUCUAAUCAACGCUUACCCUUACUUCGCCUACAAGGCGAAUCCGAAGCAGGUUCCGUUGGACUACGUGCUCUUCCAACCAAACCAGGGAAUGGUGGAUCCUUCCACCAAUCUCCACUACGAUAACAUGCUCUUCGCUCAGAUCGAUGCAGUUUACUCAGCACUCGCUUCAUUGGGCUACGGGAAGUUACCGGUUCACAUCUCAGAAACCGGUUGGCCUUCUAAGGGGGACAUGGACGAAGCCGGUGCCAACCUGGAGAAUGCGAAGAAGUACAAUGGGAAUUUGAUAAAGAUGGCUAUGAGCAACAGAAAAGGGACACCGUUGAGGCCCAACUCCGAUUUGAACAUUUACGUGUUUGCUCUGUUUAACGAGAACAUGAAACCAGGCCCAACUUCCGAACGCAACUACGGGCUCUUUAAGCCAGAUUGUAGCCCUGCUUAUCCCCUUGGUUUCUCUCUGUCUUCAGCUUCUUCUCCUCCCUCAAAUGACGCCGUUAACAACAAUACCAACAACGCUGGCACGCCGCCGCAACCUCCUGCAUCUUCCACCGGCUAUUUGUCCAUUUCCUCCGCUUCCUCGUUGGAGAGAUACCGUUUACUUGGGCCUUCUUUAUCCUUUCUGCUGCCGUUGGCGAUGGAGCUGAUGAUUUUGAAGUUUUGACGAUAUUUUGGUGCAAAAUCCAAAGAAAACACCAUGUCAUGGCAACGGAGAGAAAAGUAAAGGCAUAACAAGAACGGAGUAAAGGUAAAUAAAACCCACAUCAGAAGCUACGUUGUUAUUAACAUUUGUUUAUUUUUCACUUUGCUUGUCCUUUACUAUUGGAAUUAUUAUCGCCGUCGUCACAAAGCGCACAUCAAACGUCACCAUUGUCUUCAUUCAAAUUUUGAAAUUUGCCGUAAGAGUAGUAACUUUUGGAUGCAAGCCAGGAACGACCACUUCAUCGCCAUGUGAUUGGCCAACUCGGUUCGUCCAACAGUAACACUUCUCUUACAAGGCUUGCCAAUUGCAAAGAAAAUAUUUAAAAAUUUCUAUAUGUGAAAAUCGUUAACAACCAUGGCACAAACUUUAAAAAAUAAAAUGAAGUUAUGUAAAAAUUUAUGAAAUUGUACAAUAUUGACACUUAUGUAAUAUUUUUUUAUCGUAGAAAUGUUUAUUUACUCAUUAACAAAUAGUAUAUCUAAAUAUAGUUUUUGUACGUAUCUUGCACUAGGUUAUGAUAGUAGAUUGCAUUAAAAUUAAAUUUUUUUUUCCAUAAAUAGUAUAUCAAGAUUUGAUUUGGUUAGCAAUGAUGAUCUUAAGUAAUUUGCAGCAUAGUUUUCACUAUAUUAUUGUUUCCACCAUUAUUUUUUUUUUAAAAAUGACACGUAUAAAGGAAGUAUUCGUUGGGAAACAGACAGCAUCAGGCACUUUUUUGUUGGCUGGCCACUUGCUAGUUGGCAAGAUAAAAGAAAGCUAACACUUUCUCGUUACCUUUUACUCUGUUUCCAUUAAUUUUGCAGGGGGUAUACAUUGUCUUUACGGUGUGAUGUCGCUAACCAGUCUAGGAAGGAAAGGUGGUUGUCGUGGACUUCAUUUCAGGAGCCUUGCUCCCCUCCCCGGGCCAAUUUAUGUAUUACAGGGAAUAGAAACAAUUUGAUUGGUAUUCUUGUGAUAUUCUUUCAUAAUAACGUGAGCGUAGCAUUCAUAAAUCAUCAUUCCCUAUCUUUGUGGUAUUCAAUUCUCAUACGCAACCACCCCGCAAAGUUUGUUCAUAAAUCAUAAUACCCUAACUAUCACAUACACGAUCCUUAGGGAUAUUAAUUUCAAAAAUGACAAACAAACACGUUUCAGAAUGAUCAUUUAACAGUUAUUAAAUUAUUUAAACUAUUAAGUUAAAUAAAUAUGGUCAACAGAGCAUUUCUUUUCACUUCAAAAACAUUUGAGCUUACUCUAUCAUUGAUUCAAAGGAGGAAGAGAAGGAAAAGAUUUAAUGAAAGGGAUGGGAGUAGAGAAGGAAGGAGAAUGCCCCAUGUAGUUUGUUAAAGUGGAGGAAAGGGAGGGACCUGUUUGUUUUGGAAUGGGAGUGAAAGAAAAAUAACAGUAAUAAUAUACUGUUAUAUCUUUACAAGUAUCAAUAGAAGGAAUAUAUAUAUAUAUAAGGACAAUCAGCACACACCAAAGGGAGGGCACCUAUUUAGUUUGGAACGUGAGUAAAAGGAGUAACAGUAAUAAUAUACUGUAUAUCUCUAUAAGUAAUGCUAUCUCCGUCAUUCACUUCUCUCAAACUAACCGUACUGAUAAGGAGGACGGAGCCAACCUCAAAAGGCCACUAGACUGACAGCAAGAAGAUGAAGAAGCAACAUAAAUAUUGUGAAAAACCUUUCAGUUGACUUUAAAGAAAUAGUUCUAUAGGUAGGUAAAAUCAAUUGAGUCAUUGAAAAUAAUUGUGUCAAAACUAAUUUUAACCAUAGAUUAUUUUUAUUAAAACAUUUUUCAUUAAGAAGUAAUAUAAUUGGUUUUUGAGUGGGAAACCAGUCACUUGUUGCCUACAGAAAUGGGAUAAAUUUUAGCUGAUCAAGCAAACCUUGCCAAAGCUUGACGAAACCAGCAGCAGAAAAGAACAAUAAGAACCAAACAGAAAAUGUCGACCGGUCGUGGUCAAUUGACAAUAGGGAUAGAACUCAAUAGUUUGCAGACCCGAAAUCUAACUAGAAACAGAAAACAAUUGGACUGAAGACACUGUUCUGGAUCAAAAUAAAAUGCGGCGUUGACUCAAUUUGACCUAUACCAGAUAAAAAUCUAAAAAAUACUCAAAAAGAUCCGUGCGGC